GUGGGAUUUUCUGCCUCUGAUCCCAAACUAAUUUGGCAGCCUUGGGUGCACCUUGACUUGGGUUAGUGGAGACAGGUUCCAUCUGCUGCUUCACCUCAGGCAGCAAAAUGUCUUGGGAUGGCCCUGAUUCUGGGCUACAGGAAGUGCCACUUUGGCAAGAAAGAAUAUGGAUGAGCACCUACUUGGAAGAAGAGUAGCUUAUGGAUGAAUGUAAUAUAGUCAGUUGGCACUGGCCUGGAGAAUCUGGCAUGAGCAGAGCCCACACCUUUCAGCUUGGGCUUCCCUUCCAAACUUCACACGAUGGCGAUGAAGGCAGAAAAGCCAGAUUAUCAGAAGCAGUUUGAAGCAGCCGUCCGUGUUAUCCAAGGCUUGCCCAAGAAUGGUUCUUACCACCCAUCCUAUGAAGAAAUGCUAUGCUUCUACAGUUACUACAAGCAAGCAAUAGUGGGUCAGUGCCAGACUCCCAGGCCAGGAUUUUGGGAUCCUAUUGGCAGGUAUAAAUGGGAUGCAUGGAAUGGCUUGGGAAAGAUGACCAAAGGGGAAGCUAUGGCUGCUUAUAUUGAAGAGAUGAAGAAGGCAGCGCAGAAGGUCAUCAACACCGUGCCCAUGGAUGAAUCGUUGGAGGACAUGUUUGUAUACUUCGAACCACUCUACGAAGUGAUUCACGAUAUGCCAAGACCCCCUGAGUCCUUCUUCAAGAAGAAAGCAGAGCCAAUCCACAAAGCUGUUGAGAACAGCCAGAUGGCCAGUGAUUCAGAGAGUGAGGUGUUCUGUGAUAGCCUGGAACAGGUGGAUCCUGAUCAGGCCAGGAGGGCAUCAACCAAGCGAAGCCUCCCCCUGGACAAUCCGCACAGGCUUCAAGUUGGAGAGCAAAACCCACAGCCCAGCCCAGAUGAGAGGGGUCUCAGCAGCAGCCCUGAAGUCCUCAGCGAGAGCCUCGCAGGUGCCUUGAUCCAACAGGAGGUGAAUCUGCAGUUGAUGAGCACCGUUCAAGCUUUGCAGCAGGAUAUGAAGAAAGUGAUAGAGAGACUCAGUUAUCUGGAAUCAUGGGCAGCUUUGCAGGACCACGCGACAAUGUUGAAUCUCUGUCCGCUGACCACAUGGCAUGAUGAAAAGGAACCGCAAAGUUGGCCUGUACGCUUGUCUUCUCGGACCUGGUUUUUCUUGCUGGCUUGGCCUUUCGUUGCCCAGUUGCUCUUUUGGUAUUUUCAGAGACAGAAGAGGUGAAUUGCAAGCCUGUCUUUUAGCAGCAUUUAAAAAAAAAAAUCCUCGUGAAAGGCCUGGAAAGUUCUGAUGGUUUUGAACUCUGAACUUUGGAUUCCUAUCAACACUUCUAUUUACCAUCUUGGAUCUUUGUAGUCCUGCAAUCCUGGGGCGGACACGUAAUCAAAUUUGAUUUAUACCAAAGGCUGGGGAGAGGGGUAAGUGUUCUUGUUCAAUCAACAUGAAGAAGAGUGCAAAGAAAAACAGAAACAAGGCUUGUCAAUCAACAUUAUGCCUUCACCGAUGUGUAUCACACAUUGUAGCACUGAACUUUGCCCCCCAUACUCCCAUUUGGAGAAUGGGAGUAUGGGGGGCAGGCAGGUUUUCCUUAACUAUUCCAGGAGGUGGCCCUUUUUCUACAAAUCCCCCAUCUCUGAAAGAGGCAGGGUAUCUAAAUCUUUCCAGAUGUGGGAAACAGCUUCAUGCUAAUAAACUGCUGUUCUCUUCCUUCUGCUUGUUUCAAACGGUGUGGUAGUGAUGCUUCUGACAAAAAGAGUUCCCACAAAAACUUGGGGCUCCACAUGCCAUUUGUCCAUCCCUCCUCUCUCAAUCAGAAACACUUUGGCCAAGCUUAUAAUCAACAGGUGCAAGGUGGCCAGUAUGCUACUGAAAAGACAGCUUAAUGUGACCUGUGAGGCUGUCACUUCAAUCACCCACAAUCUAUUCCAGAAACUGGAGUUUGGCCACUGAUUAUGACAAAUCUCCCAUAUCAUGCAUCUCCACAUGGAAUCAGGUAGAAUAGAGGGAAGAAUUCCUCUGAGAAUGACAGAGGCACUUUUUCCCCCAUACAUGGGGAAGGGGCGGAGGACUUGGGGCCCUCCUUAUAUUUUGUCUACAACUCCCAUCAUCCCUUACCAUUAAUUUUGUUGGUUAGGGCUGAUGGGAAUUGUGGGGACAACAUCUGGAGGGCCAUAAAUUGUCUACCCCUGCUCUGUACUGAAUUAUCACCUCUGUACUUUUGGAGGGUUGGGUGAGGCUAACAUAAAUGUCCUGUGACCAAUUUUGGGCCCUGUAUUUUAGGAAGGAUAUCAACAAAUUGAAAUGUGUCUGGAAGAGGAUGACAAAGAUGGUGAAAGGCCUGAACACCAAAUCCUUUGAGGAAAGGCUGAAGACAUUUUGUAUGUUUAGCCUAGAGAAGAGACAAUUAAGGGGUGAUAUGACAGCCACCUUCAAAUAUUUAAAGAGCUAUCACAUAGAGCAUAGAGUAAAUUUGAUUUCUGUUGUUCUAGAGGUAAGCCCCAAAUCAAAAUCUUUAAAACUACAAGAAAAUGGGAUUUCAGCUAAGCAUUAGGAAGAAUUUCCUGCCAGUACAAGGCUACCUCUGAAGGUGUGGACUUUCAUUAGAGAUUUUUGAGCAGAGGCUGAAUUGACUAGCUACCUUAAAGCAUACCUGACAGAUGGCUGUCCAGCUGCCUCUUGAAUGCCUCUAGUGUGGGAGAGCCCCUGACCUUCCUAGGCAAUUGGUUCCAUUGUCGUACUGCUCUAACAGUCAGGAAGUUUUUCUUGAUGUCCAGCAGGAAUUUGGCUUCCUGUAACUUGAGCCCAUUAUUACGUGCCCUGCACUCUGGGAGGAUCGAGAGGAGAUCCUGGCCCUCCUCUGUGUGACAACCUUUCAAGUAUUUGAAGAGUGCUAUCAUGUCUCCCCUCAAUUUUCUUUUCUCCAGUCUAAACACGCCCAGUUCUUUUAGCCUUUCCUCAUAGGGCUUUGUUUCCAGACCCCUGAUCAUCCUUGUUGCUUUGCUGAAGCUCACCACAGGCCCAAUGAGAUAAUUGUCUGCAAGAAUAGCCAGUUAGCUGCCCCCAAGAAGCCUGGCAUGAUGAAAAUGGCUAUUCCCUGUUUGCGCCAGGCCCUACCUGCCACUUUUAGCGCUAUGCUGGUCAAAACAUGGGAUAUACAUGGUAAAAUAAAAUAAAAUAUGGCUCUGG